AUGUAUGCAAGCACAAGCACCAAUGCGGUUCUCAAACCAAGGUCUCACUCAGGCUUGUCUGAAGUCAUGACACUAAAGGGCUGUCUUCUCUACGCUUUACAACUACACUCUAGCUCAGCGAGUGGAGAGCCCGUUCUAAUUGGUCGUCAUGUCAGGAGAACUCUUCCAACGGCUGUCGCGUCUAUGUGGCUGCCUGCCAGCGGUUCUGGAAUGGCAUCCAUGGGCCGGAUCUCUGCUGGGACACGCAUAGGGCUCGUGGUUUUGCCCCUUUUAGCCGUAGACUAUCCGUGCCUAAAGCAUCACUUCGUCGGAGCUGACCUGCCUGAUUGUGGAGUGGAGUCGAGAUCUAAUCCAAGCGAAGGGUUAAGAGACUCAUGGGCCAGUGGAGCUUCAGAGCCUCGCUUUGUAGUCGAUCAAAGUACACUGUGGCUUAUUGAGAUCAGGAAUAACGACAAUUACACCACACUAGCCAUACGUAAAAACCAAGUGCAAAAAGGGACAUCACAUUAA